GAACGCGCUGGUCAAGUGAGUCCAGCAUCAACGUUGACACGCGGAUGGAUAAUGCCAAGAUUCACGCGCAUAGGAAAGAGGUCAACAAUGGAGCAGAGUGACGUUCACUCACUUCCUCUCUUUGCACUCGCACUCAUCAUGACGACAUGUUCUAAAAGUUGAGAGAGCAGUAUCGAGCUCAGAACCACAUAAGAAAGAGCCUAUCUUUUCUGACUCUUCGAUCCUGUUCCCUUCUUGUCAACUCUAACUCUUACCAAGCACAAAGGACAACAGCACACUACAGCCAACAAUGUCGUCCAGCAAAGGUGUUUUCGAGAUCGGCUUCCAGCCCGAAGUCCAACACCAGGAAGCCCCAGGCAACCAACAGAAACUCGGACCUGCCCCAGCGAUCUCUCAGGUUCCCGAUGGCAAAGGCGGUGCCAAAGAAUACAAGGCCUCUGGCAAGCUCGAAGGCAAGAAGGCUCUGAUAACGGGUGGUGACUCCGGAAUCGGCCAGUCAACCGCUGUCCUCUUUGCCAUGGAAGGCGCUGAGGUCUUCUUCACAUACCUCUCUGACCAAGAGAAGAAAGAUGCGGAUCAGACAGUGAAGCUGGUAGAAGAGAAGGGCGGGAAAGCACACGCAUACCAGGCCGAUUUGAGGAGCAAAGACACAUGCAAGAAGGUCGUGGACACGGCACGAGAGAAGAUGGGAGCAGUCAACAUUCUGUUCAACAACCACGCAUACCAGAUGAUGAUCAACAGCAUUUUGGAUCUGAGUGAGGAGCAAUGGGAGAACACAUUCAACACGAACAUUCAUCCCUUCUUCUACCUCUCCAAAUACGUCCUGCCUCACAUGCAAGAAGGCGACACCAUCAUCAACAACGCCUCUAUAAACGCCUACAUUGGCCGACCAGAUCUCCUCGACUACACCUCCACAAAGGGCGCCAUCGUGGCCUUCACGCGUGGUCUCUCGAACCAGUUCGUCGGCAAGGGUAUCCGAGUCAAUGCCGUAGCUCCAGGCCCAGUCUGGACUCCACUUAUCCCAGCAACGAUGAAUGACGAUGCGAUCAAGCAGUUUAGCUCUCCGAUGGGACGACCAGGACAGCCAAGCGAGAUUGCAACAUGUGUGGUCUUCCUUGCGAGCACGGAUUCGCAGCAGCUGAGCGGGCAGACAAUUCACGCCAACGGAGGUGUGAUUGUCAAUGGCUAAAUCUCCUACAGUGGGAUUCUGCGCGUGUGUGUUGCGAGAAAAGGCGCGCAACGUAAUGACUGCAUGAUAUACGAGCAUACAUGAGCAUGAUGAUAGCCUUCGUCAUUAAGCGAGAGGUGGUUUGUAGUCAGCAAUAGAGAUCAAGCAAAGAUUGAUCCUUCACGA